AGCAACCGCAGGCAAUGUCCAUGAAAUUCUAUUUUGGGAUAGGUUUGGUUGUGGCACAAACGAGUUUGAAAAGGGCAGCAAAAUCACAUGCGGGCAACAAACUCGCGCACCGAGUUGGAAACGGCGACAAAAUCAUAUUCACCUGCGUGUCGACCUUGAAAAAACUGUGACAAACUCGCUCGCUGAGCUCGACAAGGGCAACGAAAUCACACGCAGACCACAUCCAUUUUUUACCGACAUCGCCCUUUUCAAACUCCACACCCGAUUUUGUUGCGCCGCAAACAUUUUUGUUUUUUUUGCCCUUUCAAAACUGCAAGUGCGACACCGCCGGACUUGUUUCUUCUAUGUUGUUUCCUUCCUAUGGAAACAAGUUUACAAUGAUCGUUUGUGUACAGAUGAUGCCCAGAGCUCUCGCAGUUCUGAGAUGCAGAGUUAUUAUUUACCAUGGCAAUACCAUGGCAAGUUUGGAAUUUUUGGCAGUAGUUCGUCUUGGCAGCGUUUGGAGCCGGGUGCCCUCUGGAGCGCGGCAUUACGGUUGCAGGAUUUAGAUCAGUUUUUUAACUGAAGCUCGGUGCGGCUGGGAUGCUUUAGUGGAGUGGGAGCAUAACAGGACGAGGCCAGUUGAAACAGCGGCUGGGAUGUUCGCCUGCGGUGUGAUGGAUGUGAUGUGAAGGCGGUUGUUUUACGGCGAUGCCUUCCAGCUGGUAGUGUGGUGUAUGGUCUGCAGAUGAUCCACGGUCAAGAGAGAAGCAAUGAUGAAAUGGUGCUGUGGAGAAGGACGAUGCAGCGGGUCAACUGACAGGGUGUGCCUUCCUGCUGGUAGUGUGGGAUCUAUGGUCUGCAAACGAUUCAGCGGUCGGAAGAGAAGGGAUCGUGAAAAUGUGAUUGUGCGAUCUUCAUUCGCUUUCAUUGACAAAGGUUGGUUGGCAGCGAGAAUGCUGCCUGACACAUGUGUGCAAGGUGAUAUUAUUUCGUGUGAGGACGGAAUGCAGUUGAGGGUGCGAAGUCGCAGCGUUCUUUGGUUACCAGCUGUUGACGAAUGCGAUGACGUGUGGAACAUUGUCAAGUGAUCGGCCUUGCCAAAUUCUCGUGCAACUGGUCAUUGAUCUGGAGGUGGGAUGGCUUCCUUCUCAGUCAAUGCUGGUUCAUCCAGCCCUUCAGAGGUGGAAUGGGUGUGAUGAAUGUUAAGAAGGUGGAUGCUUUAUGGGUGCGCUGUCCUGCGAAUGUUAUACUGAUUCAUCGAUCAGUUGGGAGACGAAAUGGGUGUGUGACGGAUGUGCAGGUCGUACGGAUGGAACAUCGUCAAGUGAUCGGCCACACCAAACUCUCUGGCAACCGGUCAUUGACAGAUGUGCAGGUCGUAUGGAUGGAACAUCGUCAAGUGAUCGGCCACGCCAAACUCUCUGGCAACCGGUCAUUGAUCUGGAGGUGGGAUGGCUUCCUUCUCAGUGAAUGCUGGUUCAUCCAGCCCUUCAUAGGUGGAAUGGGUGUGAUGAAGGUUAACAAGGUGGAUGUUUUACGGGUGCCCUGUCCUGCGAAUGUUAUACUGAUUCAUCGAUCAGUCGGGAGACGAAAUGGGUGUGACGGAUGUGCAGGUCUUACGGCUACGAUUUCCUGCUUAUGUGGUGGGGGCGGAUGUGUCUGCUCAGCGGUCGGGUGGGGGGCGAUCUGGAGAAGGAACGGUGAAAUGGUGACAUUGUGCGCUCAUCAUUCUCUCUUGCUGACAGAGGAGAGAGCAGAUAGCAUCAGACGUGCAGUAGUUUGAUUAGGGCUUGUUGGAGUGGCCUGCAUAUGUUUCUGCUGCACUAGAACCUGAGUAGGCAGUCCUCACUUGUAUUUAUGCACUAGAAGAGGGCCUAGUGUAAAGUGUUGUGGAAGUGUUUUUCUUUAUUUCCCCUCUGCCUUUGCACUCGUAAAUGAGACUUUACGUGCGUGCUUUAGAUUUUAGGGGUAGGGGUUCUGCAGAGGGGUUGUAAUUUGUAACUUCAGUUUCCAAUGUCUUCUUUUUAAGCUGCUUGUAAAUUUCUGUAAGAUAGGCGUAAAUUUCUGGACACAAUUCUUUUCUUAUUCUUCAGAAUAUCGGUUGUGCCUGGUCAUUAUUCUGCGAAAUUUUGUGCCAUAGGUCCUUUCUACUUAGCUUUUAGCCCUUUGGACAGCUGCUAUUGCAAGGACCACCUUCACCUCAUCUCCUCCUUUUUUUUGUUUUGUUUUUUUUGAACUCCCUCUCCUUUGAACUCCAUUUACACAGGCUGGACGCAUAUGCUUGACAAUAUUUGGAG